AUGUCACAUCAAAAUGGAUCAGGUUCUAGAACACAAGUACAAGAACAGAAUAUACUACGAUUAAGACCAACAAGAGAAGUUUCGAUAGAUCAAGACAACGAAGAAGAAGAAGAAAUAACAUCUGAUGAAGAAAUACAAUCAACAUCAAAUCAAGUUCAACCAAUACUAAAACUUAAUCAAAAUCAACAACAAAAACAACACAAGAAGAAGAAAAAACCAAAAGUUAAAUGGCAAGAAGAUGUAAUAGAUAAUGAAAAUAUGAAUAAAAAAAAAACAAAAAUUUGUUGUAUAUUUCAUCCAAAUAAAUCAUUUGAUGAAUUAUUAAAAGAUGAUGAACAUCAUUGUAAUCAUUCAAGUUCAGAUAGUAGUUCUGAUUCAAGUGAUGAAAGUGAAAAUGAUGAAAAGAGUAAUGGUAAUGAAAAAAAGACUAAUCAACAAUUAAAAUCAAAUUCUUCACCUAACGCUUAUGAAAUUCAACCUCAUUAUGAAAAUAAAUCUAAAUUACCUAAAUAG